ACAAAGUUGGUUACAAAUCACACUGGCUUUGCCCGAAGGUCGCCCCCCCCAACCCCUCCCACUCUUCUUUAGCAUGCUGUCCAUGGAGACAGUGACCACUACUGUAAGCGCGGUAGGUCGAGGUGGUUCGGUGGCGAGUGAGAAGCUGUAAGUCCUACGGUGACCAUGGUACCUGUUGAAAACACAGAGGGCCCCAAUCUGCUGAACCAGAAGGGGAGAGAGGCGGAGACCGAAAGCAGCUGUGGAGCCAGCGGCGGCCGGCAUCCUGCCUGCGCGGGAGGUCCCAGCAUGUUUACCUUCCUGACAUCUGUUACUGCAGCCAUCAGCGGCCUCCUGGUGGGUUAUGAACUUGGGCUCAUCUCUGGAGCCCUUCUGCAGAUCAGAACGCUGUUAGCCCUAACCUGCCACGAGCAGGAAAUGGUUGUGAGCUCCCUCCUCAUUGGGGCAUUCCUCGCCUCUCUCACUGGAGGCGUGCUGAUAGACAGGUACGGAAGACGGCUCGCCAUAAUCCUGUCAUCCUGCCUCCUAGGACUCGGAAGCUUGGCCUUGAUAAUGAGUUUGUCCUACAUGCUCCUCAUCGUGGGGCGAGUUGCCAUAGGGGUUUCCAUCUCCCUGUCUUCCAUUGCCACGUGUGUGUACAUUGCGGAGAUUGCUCCCCAGCACAGGAGAGGACUUCUUGUGUCCCUGAAUGAGCUUAUGAUUGUCACUGGCAUCCUCUUUGCCUAUAUUUCAAAUUACGCAUUUGCCAACAUUUCCAAUGGUUGGAAGUAUAUGUUUGGCCUCGUGAUUCCCCUGGGGGUUCUGCAAGCAAUCGCAAUGUAUUUUCUUCCCCCAAGUCCUCGUUUCCUGGUGAUGAAGGGGCAAGAGGAGGCUGCAGGCAAAGUCCUCAGGAAGUUAAGAGCGGUCUCAGAUACCACUGAAGAACUCUCUUUGAUCAAAUCAUCCUUGAAAGAUGAGUAUCAGUACAGGUUUUGGGACCUGUUUCGCUCCAAGGACAAUAUGAGGACCAGAAUCCUGAUAGGUCUGACCCUGGUAUUUUUUGUCCAAACUACCGGCCAGCCAAACAUACUAUUCUAUGCAUCAACUGUCUUGAAGUCUGUUGGCUUCCAGAGCAAUGAGGCAGCUAGCCUUGCCUCCACUGGGGUUGGAGUGGUCAAGGUGGUUAGUACCAUCCCAGCAACCCUCCUUGUGGACCAUGUCGGCAGCAAAACCUUCCUCUGCAUUGGCUCCUCUGUGAUGGCUGCUUCACUGUUGACCAUGGGCAUUGUGAAUCUCAACAUCAACAUGAACUUCACCAACAUCUGCAGAAGCCAUAGUCCUCUUAACCAGUCCCUGGAGGAGUUUGUGUUCUAUGCUACAGGAAACCUGUCGAUUGGCAACAGCAGUCUCAGGGGACACUUUAAAAGAAUCACUCCCUAUAGCAAGGGCUCAUUUAUGUCCCUGGGGAAUGGCAUGGAGCCGAAAGGGGAGAUGACUUCCACAUCUUUACCAAGUGCUGGACUAAGCAAAACUGAACACCAGGGAGUCACAAACCCUGUAGUUGUCCCAACUGCUUACAAGUGGCUGUCCCUGGCCAGCUUGCUUGUUUAUGUGGCUGCAUUUUCGAUUGGUCUGGGACCCAUGCCCUGGUUGGUGCUUAGUGAGAUCUUUCCCGGUGGAAUUAGAGGCCGUGCCAUGGCCCUGACUUCUAGCAUGAACUGGGGCAUCAACCUUCUCAUCUCUUUGACAUUUCUGACGGUGACUGAUAUUAUUGGUUUGUCAUGGGUAUGCUUCAUAUACACAAUCCUGAGUGUGGCAUCGCUGGUCUUUGUCAUUCUGUUUAUACCUGAGACUAAGGGAUGCUCUUUGGAACAAAUCUCGAUGGAGCUAGCGAAGGCGAACUAUGUGAAAAACAACAUUUGUUUUAUGAGUCAUCACCAGGAAGAAUUAGUGCCAACACAGCUUCAAAAAAGCAAGCCCCAGGAGCAGCUCCCAGAGUGUAAUCACCUGUGUGGAAGGGGACAGUUACAGAGGCCCUCGACAGAGAUCUAGGGGGCUCCAAUCCCUGUAUGUGGCACAGUGGCAGGACUUAUAAGGGUCUCUGCCAUGUUUUCUCCUCACUGUCAUGGAGAAGUUUUACAUGGACACCCUGAAAUUAGAAAGACCACCAUUAAUUCCUCUUCCUCAAAACAGACCUUUGACAAAAGGUACAAGAGGUGCCAAUGCCCUAAUGCAUCAGGUUAAGCAAAAUAAUACUGGCAGGUUCAAUGCCUUCAGCUUUUUCUCUCGUUCAGCUUUUGAAAAGACUACAUUCUAGUGAGGAGGCCUGUCUCUGCUUUAAGCUGUCUGUGUAGGAUGCCACUCACAGCUUGAUACUCAGACACAGUCGUUUUCUGGGCAGGCACUUACCACGUGUGCCUCUGAAGAUACUGUGGAUGAUUUCAUUCCUUCUAUGUUGUAGAUCAGGAUGGUGUCCUGGAUAAGACUUUAGUUGGCACUCAAGUUCACCAGUACAAAGAUUAUGCAGCUUGUACAUCACACAUAAUGAGAUACAAGUCAAUCAAAAUAUUUUUUUGUAAGUUUUAUGUCAAAUUUUAAAACCCUUAAGAUAAACUAUUGUCUAUCUCUUUUCAAAAGAUGAUUAGAAAGAUCAAUUUAAAAUUCCUGGGACCAUAUAUUUAUUUAGAAAUAGCUGUUAGUAAAUAUUAGGAAAGGAGUCUGACAUCAUAUUAUUUAUCUAGAUCUCUAAGCAGUUCGCUUUAAGUUAUACAGUCCAAUCUCUAAGAGUUGUCUCCUGGGAAGGCUUCUGUGGUAACCUGUAGCAGCCCACUGUUUCUGCAGUUCUUCCUACUCCUCAGGAACCACUCUACCUCAGGCCACAGCAGACUGCUUCUCACUGCUCGCCUUCCAAUGGAUUCAGACAGGGAUGGCACUGAAAGGACAGGUACCUUCCUUUCUGUGAUGAGCAGUGAUGGAGAGCCACACCAGCAAAGUGGCUUUUACCCACAUGAUGUGCUUCUCUGGCCUCUAUUUUUUCCACUUGAAUUUUAAGAUUGGACAAAGCAUUUCACCAAAAGAAUUUGCAUAUGUUAGAAAAAAAGAAAUCUGUGAUAAAGAGAGUCCAGACCCCUUACUUUGGGUUUUUCUUCCUUUCACUACCAAAUGGUCCCAGUCUGACUGAGGUGACUGCACACCACAUGCCCUGGUAGCCAAGAGCAGAGACAAUGAGAGUUAACAGCCGCAAGAGAGCAGUGCUGAGCCUCCGGAGCACCACAGGAGGCCUGCUUUUCAAUGCAGUGUCUAAAUUAAGCAAGAGGACAUAAGGACAGGAGAUUUAAACCUGACCCUGUCGCAGCACAUCUCACGUCCAGUGAGAGUGUGCACUGGCACCCUGUCGCAGCACAUCUCACGUCCAGUGAGAGUGUGCACUGGCUUCUUUGGUUGAGGGAAGAGGCUGAGGUAUUUUGCUGAGCAUCAAUUCAAAUUUAUCACGAAUCUCUGGAAUUAUAGACCACAUUUUUAAAAAUACUCAAGGCAGGUUACAAUGCAAGCGUUUUUUUUCCCCUUCAAGUUCUCAGAGUAAGAAAUUUUAAAAAUUGUUAAAUGAUUCAAUUUUACACAUUCAUGGACACACACACUUGGCUAUUUUGUUUGUAUAUUCCUUGUGAAUGGACAAAAAGUAAUAAGCAAAUGUAGCUUAUUACUAAUGACUUCAAUGGAAGCGUUGGAAUCUUCUACUGUUCUUUUAUCACCAAGUAUGGAACUUAACAUUUGUGUUUUCAAAAUAACAUUUUACCCAGUAUCAGCCCCAUGCCACUCCCAGCACAUGAAGUCUUUGGUUUUCAAAAAUAAAAAGGGGGAAUACUUAAAACUUGUA